AGAGGCACGCACGUACAUAAUCCAAUUUCAUUAUUAAACUUUAUAAGUCAUCAAAAAAAUACUUUAUAACAUUGAAUAUAAUAAUGAUUCGCUGUCACUAGAACGUUGGUUUUAGUUGUCAAAAUUCACAUGAUUCUCACCUUGCAUCAUUCAAAUGCAGAAGAAAUACACACAAACAAAAAGUGUUAUUACCUAUCAUCAUUAAAGAAGAAUCAAGAACAACCUCCAACACGGGAUUCCCUUUUCUCUGCAACCUUUUUUUUCCCUUCUUCUUUUCAAUAAUUACUUCACCAUUCAUUGCUUGAUAUUGAAAAAAAGAAGAAAAUUGUUAUAUCUGCUUCUUCUGUUAAGUGCUUUUGAGUUUUGAAUCUCCAACAUGGAUAUUUCUAGUUCACACAGAAAGAGAACUUUGCUUAAGGUCAUUGUCCUUGGAGAUAGUGGGGUUGGGAAGACAUCUUUGAUGAACCAAUAUGUCUAUAAGAAAUUCAGUCAACAGUACAAAGCCACAAUUGGGGCUGAUUUUGUUACAAAGGAGCUACUAGUUGAUGAUAAACUCGUAACCUUGCAGAUUUGGGAUACUGCAGGACAGGAAAGGUUCCAUAGUCUUGGAGCUGCAUUUUACAGAGGGGCAGAUUGUUGUGUUUUGGUAUAUGAUGUAAAUAUACACAAAACAUUUGAUACAUUAAACAAUUGGCAUGAUGACUUUCUCAAGCAGGCAGAUACGGGCAAUCCUGAUGCAUUUCCCUUUGUACUACUUGGGAACAAGGUUGAUGUAGAUGGUGGAAACAGUAGAAGGGUUACAGAGAAGAAAGCUAGGGAAUGGUGUGCUUCAAGGGGUAGCAUACCAUAUUUUGAAACCUCUGCAAAAGAGGGCUACAAUGUUGAUGAUGCAUUUUUAUGUGUUGCUAAAGUUGCAUCAGAAAAUGACCAUGAUUUAGACAUUUAUUUUCGUGGAAUCUCUGAAACCCCUUCAGAAGCAGAACAACGAAGUAAUUGUGCAUGCUGAAGUUGUCGUUUAAGGAUGAAUGAAUAAAUUUUAAGGAACAUAGUUUUGUUCUUUGGUACAGUAUCUUUAGUUGUUCAAAUUGUGUUUGGUUCAGGUUCAAUGGGUAUCUAAUUCUAUUAUCCGUAAGCAUGGAUAACCCUUCUGUUUUUCUUUAGGUGAACUUGUAUUUUUCAAUCUUGGUGGUUGAAUUAAAUAUUUUUGUAACAUUUUUUUGUUUAUUAUAUUUGUAAUUAGUAAUUGUAUUGUAUGCAUUACAUUUAGGUAAAAUGAUAAUAAUUCAAACCUCUAUCAAUAUUGUUUUAA